AUGCAGUUUGGCCAGAUUGUUUUCAUCUUGAUUUUUGCGUGGAAGUGCUUGGCUGGUCCGAUCGCUCGUGCUGCUUCCGACUCUGUCGUUCUCUCAUUUACAUCUCCGACUGAAAUCCCUGCUUUCACGAGUAAAAGGGUCCUAGAUGUGUCUGAUGAUGGUGAUGGCGUCAUUACUGUCAUUCCUAUAACGCCUUCAUGGCUAUUGUCGUCUUCUACCUCGACUGCAACAAUGCCGGUCAUUGUCUUCCCGACAUCUGAAUCUUCUACCUUUACUGGAAAAGCUACAACAUCAAACAACCCCUCAUCCAAAAUAGCGAGUCCUUCAACAUCAGUAACCUCAGAAGCUGCGGAAAACUCAAGCUCGUCACCUAUGGAAUUGAGCUCUGUCUUGACUUCCCCCACUGUUCAGAAAAGCUCAAGUGCACCUGAGUCUUCAAGAUUUACACCCACUACCACAUCACCUGCAACGACUACUGCAGCAAGCACUGAACUAGCUGGAUCCCUCGAGACCCUAUACAGCUCAACUACACCCACCCCUGUUUCCACAAGUUCUAGUGCAGAUACCUCAAAGGUCACAUCGAAAAGUGAGAGCACAGCAACACCCACUGUCACGACAUCAUCUUCUCCCGAGGAAACAUCAGGAAAGCCCGAGUCAGCCGGUUUCCUCGAGCCUCUGUCCAUCUUUGGAUCAAAGAGCAUCACAUCAACUCAAGCCCCAACGACCAAAUCUACCUCAGCAUCUACAUCAACACCCCUCGAUGAGUCUUCCACAGGAAUUGCAGACUCCUAUGUCACAAUGACAAAAAUGGUCUACACCCCCAAUGGUGGCGGUAUCCCCGAUAGCACAGUCAUUCUUGGAGCGAGCAUGACAUAUAUCGUCGAGAAGACGCUCACUAGCUCUGAAAACUCGCAAACUUUCGCAGACACAGCGUCAACGUCAGAGCCAGCUCAACGAUGGAUGUCACUGUUACGGCCUCCGGAAAGACCUACACCGUGA